CCUGUCCUUGCGUAAUCUUGUAGGGUUUACUAGUGUGUCUUGUGGGAUCGCUUUUUUCGCCCAUUCCGGUAUCGCAUUCUCUCGACCAUCAUGGCGUUUCUAGGCAUCUAUAAGGCCAUUUACGAUUAUGCGCCGCAGUCCGAAGGAGAACUUACCAUAAGCGAGGGCGAUUUGCUAUGCGUGUUAGAGAAAAGCCAAGAAGAUGAUUGGUGGAAAGCUAAGAAGAAGGCAAGCGCCGAUGAAGAGGAUGAGCCCGUUGGUCUGGUGCCUAACAACUAUGUGGAAGAGGCCCAACCUGUCGGGCAGGCGAGGUCCCUUUAUGAGUAUACUCGUCAAACUGACGAAGAGUUAUCGUUUCCUGAAGACGCAGCAUUACGUGUGUACGAUGCCUCCGACCCGGAUUGGAUCCUUGUUGGCUACGAGAAAGACUUCGGCUUCGUACCUGCGAACUAUAUUGAGAUAAGUAGUUCAUCUGCUCGACAAGUACCACAAGUACCACAAGAGCCUGAGUCUGAGGAUGAGCCGGCGUUGGAGUCACCGCCCCCUCAGCUUCCUCCUCAACUUCCCACACGACCAGUAGUCCCUGUAGAGUCGGAAGAAACCAGGAGUCCUCCGCUUCCGGAGCGGCCAUCAUCCAUACCCUCUCCCCCUCCGCCGAGCGGGCCAGCAGCCGCUCUAGCGAGCGUCAUGCAAGGAAGAGCGGCAACACGCGAUCCGACCCCUCCUCCUAUCACGCGUGCUCCUCGGCCGUAUGUAGAGGAGCCAGAGGAAACCAGGGAAGAACUAAGCCCUGCUCUCCCAAUGCGACCACGAUCACAUUCAAGCGUAUCGAACGAACAAUCCGUACCAUCCCCGCGACUUCCACAGCGAAUUUCAAGUCGUCCUCCUACAGAUAAUUAUGACACUCACCCUGCGCAGUUCAGCCCUCUUGCGCCUGGCGGCUUUCAUAUGUACAACAUUAAUGAAAUGGUAUCUGUCAUGGGCAAGAAGAAGAAAAUGCCAACGACAUUAGGAGUCAACCUAAAAACUGGUGUAAUUUUAAUUGCUCCUGAAAAAUCUCAGGAUGGCCCUACUCAAGAGUGGACCGCUGAAAAGAUGACGCAUUACUCGAGAGAAGGAAAACAUGUGUUUCUGGAACUAGUACGACCAAGCAAAAGUAUUGACUUCCAUGCAGGGGCGAAAGAUACAGCCGAAGAGAUUGUCAGCGCGCUUGGUGAGCUCUCUGGGGCCGUCAAAGCCGAGGGUCUUCGGGAGGUCAUUGCGGCUGGAACUGGAAAAGGCACUAGGAAGCGAGGUCAGAUAGUGUACAGUUUUGAGGCUCAAGGAGACGAUGAGGUAACGGUCGAUGUGGGAGACGAAGUGGUAAUCCUCGAUGAUACGAAGAGCGACGAAUGGUGGCAGGUCCGGCGACUCAAGAAUGGGAAAGAGGGUGUUGUUCCAAGUAGCUAUGUCGAAGUCCUGGAAACGAUAAUCUCCGGGGGGCCAACCGGGGUUAACACAGGCAUAAGUGCCGUGGCACAAAAUCGACAAGAGGAGGCACGUUUAACAAGAGAAGCCGUCAAGAAAGACCAAAAAGCAGCAGAGGUAGGGCCUGGAAUGCACUUAUCUGAAAGACAAAGUAGUUUGUCUGCUAGAGACAAUGGUAACCUUUCUACACAACAGCGAAGCAGACACGACAGCGGCCGCGCAGAUACCAGCCGGUCAGGGUCAUCCAAGUCCAAGCCAGAUCCAUCAAAAGUGCGCACCUGGACCGACAGAUCGAAGUCAUUUAGCGUUGAAGCACAGUUUUUGGGUCUCAAAGAUGGAAAGAUCAAUUUACAUAAAAUGAAUGGUGUCAAAAUUGCGGUCCCCCUGGCGAAGAUGUCUUUGGAAGAUAUCGAAUACAUCGAGCGGACCACGGGUGUAUCCCUGGACGAGGAAAAGCCACUAGCUAUUGUGAAGCGUGAACAGUCCAUGCGGAACAAUAUGAAAAAGGCGACUUCAUCAACCGCUUCAUCAAAUCGUAUUGGGGCUUCCGUAGAGCCUGCAAAGCCAGACUACGAUUGGUUUCAGUUUUUCCUUUCUUGCGAGGUCGCUGUUGGUCUGUGCGAGCGUUAUGCUCAGGCGUUCGCGAAAGAUUCCAUGGAUGAAAGCGUACUACCAGAUGUCGAUGCUACUGUUCUCCGCAAUAUUGGGCUGCACGAGGGCGACAUUAUCAAAGUAAUGCGCUACUUGGACAAGAAAUUUGAUCGAGACGGAAGAAGAAGGAAUGGAGAAGCCGACAGUGAAAGCGGCUCUACAGGCGGUCUCUUCUCGGGUCCAGGGGGCACGCUUCGGAACAAUACACGAAAAGGGCGUCCUGCUCCAGCAAUCCAAACAAAUGACGUUAUUGACCUGAAGGCACUCUCCCAACCAAAGGAUGGCGAAAGCGGACAGUCCUCGUCGUCCUCCCCCGAAGAGUCUCGUUCCAAGGCCGCUACUAAAGGCAGUGGUGGCUUCGAUGAUGAUGCAUGGGACGUGAAGCCAGCCAAACAACCAGAGCCCCAAUCCAAACCCGCUCCAGAACCCGAACCCAAGACGACGCCGGCUCCUCAGCCUGCUCCUCAACCAGCGCCUCAGCCUGCCCCAACACAGUCUAUGCUAGAUCUUUCUCUGCUGUCCGCACCACUUGAGCCGACUAAAGUAGAGUCACCAGCACCGACUCCUCCCGUCACCCUCCCGCAACAGACACAAGUCGUUAGCCAGCCGCAGGUAGUGCAACCAGCGGCCCAGCCUCAAGGAGCCACGCCGUCAUUUUUCUCUGGCAUCCCUCCUACACCAACUGGGCCCUCCACAUCAGCACCAUCUUUGAAUCUGGGGCUUGGGACCCGGCAGCGGCCAACACCCCCCCAGGUCAUGAGCGGACAAGGUGCACUCAUGCCACCUCCGCCGGCGCGACCUUUAUCAGCACCACAAUCAGCUCAGCCGAGUGGAUUCGCUCCACCGGCAAUGCCAAUCUUACAACCCCAGGUGACUGGCAUUGCACCCCCAGGACAAAGCUUGAGCGAACUCAACCAGCAGCGUUUCCAACAACCCUAUAUGGGCAACUUUCAACAGCCAACUUCUCAAGGCUUCAUGCCAGUCAACAUGCAACAGCCUACUGGAUUCGGACCCCAGCAAUUCAUGCAGCCUCAAAUGACAGGAGCGCCUCAAAUGCAGAGUCCAUUUGCCGAUCCACGUGCUCAGCAGUUUCCAUCUCUCCAAGCCCAACCUACAGGAUACACUGGUAACUUCCAACCUCCUCAACAAUUCCCGCAACAGACGGGUAUCAAUUCGUAUUUACCGCCAGCACUAGAACCUCAGAGAACCAGCAUAGCUCCUCCUCAAGCUCAGAUGCAACCUCAACAAACCGGGUUUGGAGGCUUCGGUGGUGCGGGAUUCAACCCGGCGAUGAACGGGUCACCCCAGCCGCCACCCAUAGCUCCCCUACAGCCUCAAAAGACCGGACCCGCACCCCCUGUACGCUUUGGCGUUGCCAACAAGAUCGCUCCACAGCCAACAGGCCGUCGUGCCAAUCUUGCGCAAGCAACUCCCCAAAACCCUUUCGGUUUUUAGGAUCGGUCGUCGAAAAAGAGGAGGCCAAAGAACAAUCAUCUCAUUAUGAUAGAUCCAAUGCGUAGAUAGCUAUGGGCUGUGUCAGCUACUAUAUUUCAGGCUUCGCUGGCUUGUCUAUAUCAAUACGUCCUUUCAUGGAACUUAAGAUGAAGAAGAGUGUCAUGAGGUUCACAGAGGCGGGGUC